AGGUCUCCAGGCUCAUGCAUAGAACUCCAGCUCCGCAUGGUGCACAUCACCUCUGCUGACUGCAGGGGGCGACUGACUGAAAGACCGUAAGCAGCUCCAUUGAUAGCCGGUCAAAGAGCGCCACCGCUCGCUUGUACUAUAUAUUUCCCCACAUUAGGUCCCCUUGACUGUCUCCUUCAGAGUGGGCUUGCAGGCAGACACAGCUGACUUUCAACCGAGCUGGCCGGUGUCCUUACAGUACGGGUGAAAAAAGGGACCUUGCAAUGAUCUCGCUGGACUUCAAUUUCAACAUCUUGACAAGGGACCUGUCGCAUUAUCUGGAAAAUCAAGUGAAAGUUGGGCUGUUCGGUUCGGGUGUAGGAUUGUCUCUGGUUCUGGGCUUUAGCGCAGCGUACACCUGCUACUAUUUGAUUUCUGUAGCGAAGAAGCCACAGCUCAUCUCAGGGGGUAAAAAGUUCUACCAGUUUCUGAAGGAGCAAUGUCCAGUAGUGUCAGAGACCUACUACCCCACCUUUUGGUGCUGGGAGAGCCGCAUCCAGACUCUGUUGAGGCCCUUUGUCACAGCCAAACCAGGGGUUGUCUACAGAAAUGAGCUUAUUAAGGCAGCAGAUGGAGGACAGAUCUCUUUGGAUUGGUUUGACAACGACGACAGCUUCUCUCAUCCCGACCCUGCCACCAGGCCCACAGUCCUCCUUCUCCCCGGCCUGACCGGCACCAGCCGAGAGUCCUACAUCCUGCACAUGGUCCAACAGAGCAGGGAUCUGGGCUAUAGAUGCGUGGUGUUCAACAACAGAGGCGUGUCUGGUGAAAUGCUGCUGACCCCGAGGACCUACUGUGCAGCCAACACAGAGGAUCUGGAGACUGUAAUUGAGCACAUCCAGAGGACUAAUGAAGCUGCUCCACUCAUGGCUGCUGGAGUAUCAAUGGGCGGGAUGAUGCUGGCCAACUACUUGGGACGCAAGGGCCGGGAAACCUGUCUGAAAGGGGUCGUGGUCUUUUCGGCGGGCUGGGAUGUGUUUGAGUGCACUGCUUCACUGGAAAAACCCCUGGACCGUUUCCUCUUCAACUCCUACCUCACCAGCUGCCUACAAGCGUCUGUGCACAGACACAGACCAGUGCUCGAAAAGUGUUACGACAUCGAUCAUGUCAUGAAGGCGAGGACCAUUCGAGAGUUUGACGAGAGGUUCACCUCCAUAAUGUUUGGCUAUCCUACCAAUGAUGACUAUUACCACGAUGCCAGUCCUGUCCACAGGCUGAAAUCUGUACAGGUGCCAAUGCUGUGUCUGAAUGCGGCUGAUGACGUCUUUUCCCCGUCUCAUGCCAUUCCAGUGGAGACAGUGAAGCAGAAUCCCAACCUGGCCCUGCUCAUCACCUGUCAUGGCGGCCAUAUUGGUUUCCUCGAGGGCCUGUGGCCUCGGCAGAGCACAUACAUGGACCGAGUCUUCAAGCAGUUUGCUAAGGCGGUCAUCGAGCAAGGAAGCCGACUCAAAGACCUCUCCUGAUAAGAGAACUUAACAAAGUGUUCCUCUAGUUUUACUUCCUUACUUUCUCUCUCUCUUUCUCUCUCUCUCUCUCUUUCUUUCUUCUUUGAUCUUUUUGUUCAUUUUUGCCAUCCAUUUUUCCUCCUUGCAUUCCAUACUUUAGUCCUUCCAUUUCUAAUUCCAUUCUUCCCUGUUUUUUUUCUUCCUUCCUUCUUUCAUUCCUUUAACCUUUUUUCCUCUUUCAUCCCUCCUGCAUUCCAUCCAUCCUUUAUUCCUUCUUUCUCUACCUAAUCCUAUUCUGCCCAUAUCCUUCCCUUCAAUGGCUUUUAUCGUUACCCUCAAUCCUUCCGUCCCAUUCUUCUUCCUGCCACUAGCAAAAAACAGUAUUCUUUCUCAUUUCAAAGGCACAUCGUGUUGAAUGCAGCAUUUGUUGCAUUCAACAUUCAUUUAUUUAUUCCAUACAGUUAACGAGUCAUUGUAUGUAAUCAUACUCUCAAAAAUAUGCUUAUUAAAAACAAGCAUAGCUGUUCAUGUCACUGUUGAAAAGCUGAAUCCAUGCUCAUCAUGUUUAGUUGCAUUAGCUAGCUAAAAGAAAUUCUGCGAUUACCUUGUGCAAUUAUUAUUUUAUUUUAUUUUUUAAGUUAACACAAGUACUGUACAUGAAAAUCCAGUCUUUGUUCAUGAAGCGUCCUUCCAUACUCAUAUCUGUAGGAUUUUAGCCCUCAGGGAUUGUCUUCAUUUACUCAUAAAACUUUUCCUUCCUGUGUAAUUUGUUCUCCUUUAGCAUUUAUUUUCCUCCUUUAAAGGUGUAUGUUAUUUUCUAUUUGACAUAUUUCUUUUCUUUAAAGUAAUAGUUCAGUAUUAUGGGAAAUACGCUAAUUUCCUUUCUUGUGGAGGAUUAGAGAAAAAAAAAUUGACACCACUCUCAUGUCAGUUCAUUAAAUGUGAAAUUACAGCCAGCAGUCAGUUAGCUUAGCUUAGCUUAGCUUAGCUUAGCAUAAAGACUGGAAGCAGGAGAAAACAGAUAGUUUGGCACUGGGGAUUUGGUUCACACAGAGCCAAGCCAGUUUUUUCCCACUACCUCCAGUCUUCAUGCUAAGCUAAGCUAACCGAUUCUUCAUAUUUUUGAAUGCGAGAGUGGUAUUAAUCUUGUCAUCUAACUCUUGGCAAGAGAGCAAAUUAGCAUAUUUACCAAAUCUUCCUUAACCAUUUGCAUGCACUUUUACUUUCACACAUUCUAGCUUUACACAUACCAAAUAGUUUUACAAAUGUAUAAUAUUGGGGAAUAUUUCAUUAAUGACAAGGAAUGUGAAAUUGCACUGUUUUAGUUGAUGCUAUCACGACUCUAAUUCCUUAAUGCAAGACACUUCAUUUCAUUCGAUAUAUGAAAGUAGAUCCCGAAGGCUGAGGAAAGCAGUGUAAGGAUUCAAUGAGGUUUUCUUUGUGAAAAUGUUGAUGGUUUUUAUAGCAAGUAAGUCUGAGGGUGCUAGAUACAGUGAUGUGAAUGAAGUAAUGCACAUAGGAAGACAGAGAGUGUACAUAGUGGCUGUUUGAAGUGGUGAAUGUUGCUUUACAAGGUGCAUAGUAUCAUUAAUGGAAGCUGGUUGUCAGUCGCGGUUUGUUUUUGUUUCGCCAACAAUGAUCAAGGGGCUGGCUACCGUGUAUGAGUUGGCAUCGAUGAAACGGGCAGAUCUGACUGGCUGCCAGACUCAGUAAUGCACUGCAUGAGGGAUUUUGACUUCCUGUUCCUGUGGAAAUUUGGUGUCUGUUUGUUCUGCCAAGUGUCCAUCGAGUAGCAUGUGUCUCAUCAACGUCAUCAUGUCCUGAAGCUUAACAUCACCUUGUAAUCUGUAGCACAAAGUACAGGUUUGUUUGUUUUUUUUUGUUGUUGUUUUUUUUCAUAGGAUGCUGCAUUUCAUUUUGUACACUACAUAAAAAAGAAAAAGUACAUUCAUUUAACAUGUGCAGCAAUAAGAUUUUAAAUUUAAAAAAUAUAUCAAUAGUAUAGUAAGUACCAGUAUAUGCACAUUAUCAACAUGAGUGUAAUAUGCUGUAUUUAAUAAAUUAUUAAACAGAGUCUACGUCAGUUUGUGGGCUGUGACUUGUGCUUCUGUGUGUAAUGAGUGUAUAGGAUUGUUCAACUGACUGUGGACUGCAGGGUAAGUAAUUGACUGCACCUUUGUCAGCAAUUCAUUCAUUCUUUCUUUCUUUGCUUAUGACAUAUGGGUUUUACAUCUGUGGAUAAAUACUGAUAAGACCCAGACUGCUGGGUCAGUCCCACGACACUAACACAGGACUUCAUCCACACUUGUCCCCUGAAGUGAAGACAAUCAACAGUCCUGCCCCUGUGUGGCUCGUGUGUCUCUGCAGGGUCACACUCUCUCUCUCCUUCUGCAUCACACUGCUGGGUUUUGGUCCCUGGAAUCGACUCACUCCACACUCACAGGCUUAAAAGCUGAUAGGAUAUGCAUUGCUGCAGUAGUGGAUGUGAGCCACCAAAGGCAAACUGUAAUCCCCUGGCACUCCACUUACCUUCACCCCAACCCCCCCAGUAAGCCCACAGACAGAUGAGCUUUGGUUUUAGCUAGAUGGUUUAUGGAAGUCUGAGAGUAAUUAGAGUAGACUG